AUUUAUAUAUCAACAUUUAUUGUACGUGUGUAGGUGCUCAAAAUUCCAAGGCGGCACAGGUUGAAAAGCCUAAGAGUGGAUAUAGAAAUGUAUAUAUCUAAGGUCAACAUACAUUGAAAAAUUUCGACUACCUGUCAGUCUUUUGAGAGUUAACGAAGCAUGGAGCGACAAAUAUAAUAUUCUCUCGCAAUUCGGCUGAAAUAGAAUCAGUUGGAGGAGUGCAAUUAGAAAGGAUGACUAGAACAAUUCUACAGCUUAUACUUCCGGUGCUAAUUGUGUCAUUAGCAACAGCAAACACGUGUCACCAGGAUGCAGAAACAUGUGAAUUUUGGUUACACAUUGACCACAGAAUGACGAUGGUAAAGGGUCGAAUUGCUGUUUUCCCUGAAAAUGGUCAAAUCUACAGUUAUGAUACCGUCAACACUUCCGCCGCCACGCCAAUGGAUCUAUCAGACGUUAUAACCGCUGAUGGCUGGGAAGGAUACCGUUUAGUUAUAGUAGCUAAUAAUAGUUUACCAGGCCCACCUAUAGAAGUCUACGAAGGUCAAACUGUUGUUGUACAUGUGAAAAACGCAUUAACCAGCGAAUCUGUUACUAUUCAUUGGCACGGACUCCAUCAGACGGGUACCCCUUGGAUGGACGGCGUAGCUUUUGUUAACCAAUGCCCCAUUCACCCCGGUGGGAGCUUCACCUACAGAUUCAAAGCUAAACCUAAAGGUACCUUUUGGUAUCAUUCACAUGUGGGCUCACAGCGAACCAUGGGUUUAUAUGGAGCGUUGAUCAUUCGUGAGAAAAAGCCAAUGGUGAUGAAAGAAUUAAUUGCCGUUAUUACAGACUGGAACCAUUGGGAUUCAACGGAGGUUCAUCAACGAAUGAUCUACGGGAUGUACGAUCAUCGUGUGAAACUGGGUAGCACCGACUCACUGGAUGGGUCCCAUUUCAGUUUGUUUCGAUACCAAUCGGGCUUAAUUAAUGGCAAAGGCAGAUUAUACGAUGGAAAUAAACACAACGGGGCUCCUUUGCAUAUAUUUAAUGUUACUGCUGGAGAACAGUACAGAUUUCGAUGGAUUGCAGCAGGUGCUCUCUUUCCGUUUCGUAUAUCCAUUGAUGAACAUAAUCUCACCAUCAUAGCUUCAGAUGGUUAUGAUUUGAAACCCCAAACAGUUGAAUCACUAGUGAUGAAUCCUGGUGAGCGAUACGACUUUAUCAUUACGACAGACAAGCCAGUGGGAAACUAUUGGGUUCGCGCCAUCACUCUUGAGGUGAACGUCAAUCACACAGCGGAGGCCAUUCUUAGAUAUGACACAGCUGCUAACAUGGAACCUGAUUCAAGCAAAAAGGCGUGCACGCAAAAUGAUAAAUGUGUUGUAGCAAAUUGUCCAUUUUCUUAUUAUCCUAUAGAAGCCAAUACCGUUUGCAUUCGAUUUGAUGAGUUUAAAGCCCUUCCUGAUAACGACCCCGCACCUACAGCACCACAAGAUCAACUACAAGAACGUUUCAUAAACUUUGCUUUUCCGGGAAUUAACAGGUAUCCAGGCUCAGCCAAUGGUCGAUCAUUUGUAAAUCCACCAGUUUCAGCCAUGACCCAACCUCAAGAAUUAGGGAAGUAUCGUUGUGGUGAAGAAUGUACGGAGCAAACGAAUUGUCAUUGUUUUGGCACAAUGGAUCUGGAUCACAACAAGGUUUAUCAGAUAGUGUUUCUUAAUAUGGGUAACGGAAAGGGUUGGGCGCAUCCAAUUCACAUGCAUGGCCACUCGUUCUACGUCGUCAAGAUGGGAUAUGGAUCAUACAAUGAAACGACUGGGAAAAUAAUGGAGGACAAUUUAGAUAUUGAUUGUCGUGGCGGUAAAGACAGAUCUAAAAGUUUCUGUAACAAUGCCACAUGGUCGAAUUCGACAUGGUUUGGUGGCAAUGUCCCAGGUUUAGAACUGACCAAUCCGCCACGAAAAGACACAAUAAUCGUUCCAAGUGGGGGCUAUGUUGUUGUAAGAAUCAAGGCGGAUAAUCCCGGAACGUGGUUUAUGCAUUGUCAUAUAGAUCUGCACGCAAGUGAUGGAAUGGCCCUUGUUUUAAACGAGUCUUUUCCACACCAUCCAAAAGCACCGAAGGACUUUCCUAGAUGUGGCGAUUUCGAAUAUGAUAUGUCCAACGAGAACAUGGAACCAGAUCCCGAGAAGGAGAAUAUGAAACCUGCAGAGAAAAUGGUAUCGAACGAACAGUUCUGGGUUGUAACUGGAUGUCUAAUUGGUGGCAUCGUGCUUCUUGGUUUCAUCAUUGUGUGUAUGGUUUGCAACAAAGAAAAGACUAAAAAACAAUAUGAGAUGAAAUAUGCCGUGGGUCAAGACAAUAAAGUCUUCACUGUUAAUUCAUAACAGCAUUUGAUGCUUCAACCUAUACAGGAACGUGCAUGGGAUGGCGGGGGGGGGGGGGCGCACAUAACAAUUAACAAAUUAGUACAUAAAGAGGUCACCCAUGUAAACUUUUCUCGAAUAACUGUAUAUAUAUUGCAGUAGCGCAGAUUUGCGGUUGUGCUUAUAUUUUGGAUAUAUUUAUAUAUAAAGACAAUGGACGUCUCGGGAAGGUCCAUCUAAGGUUUGGUGGGAGACAAGUAUUUAUCUGUUCGGACUUAGAGGCAGCAAUCGUCCUUCAUUUGUAAAUAAUCUUAAUUAAAUUAACCUGUACAUAAUGUCAUAUCUAUGUACUGGAAGUUACAAUUUUAAUAAAUAACAAUAACAAUAACA